AUGCCCACCUCCUCCUUCCUCGGCUCUCCCCUCUUCCUCCCGCCGUCCUCCACCUCCACCUCCACCUCCACCAACAGCCGCCACGCCGCAAUCCAAAUGUCCCUCAGCCCAAACCCCAUCGCCAACCUCGCGAAACUCCUCUGGGGCCCGUCCCUCCCGCCCAACCUCCUCAUCUCCAGCGCCCGCUCCGCCUGGUCCGCCGCCUGGAACCUCAUGAUGUCCCAGAUCGCCCCCUCCGACCCCUCCACCGGCGCCUACUCCCGCCCCGCCUCCCAAUUCCGCCGCCCCUCUCCCCAUUCCCCGCCGCCCACGGACCUCCACCUCUACGUCGGCCUCCCUUGCCCCUGGGCCCACCGAACCCUAAUCGUCCGCGCCCUCAAGGGCCUCGAAUCCUCCGUCCCCGUCUCGAUCGCCGCCCCAGGCGAAGACGGCUCCUGGCAGUUCAAGGAGAGUAACACCAGUGCCCCUGAAAAUGAAAACUCGAACCCUUAUUAUUUGGUACCCGGCCCGGACAAGGCCAACCGGUGCAAAACCCUAAAGGAAAUCUACAAUCUUCGCCUCGGAGGGUACAGAGGCCGAUCCACAGUCCCGAUGCUUUGGGAUUGCAAUCGGAGGGAGGUCUUCUGCAAUGAGAGUUACGAUAUUAUCCAGAUAUUCAACUCUGAAAUGAACGAGUUAUCCUCCAAUCCGGGAUUAGAUCUUUCUCCUCCGCACUUGAAGGAUAGGAUUAACGAGUGGAAUCGGAUAAUUUACCCGAACGUCAACAAUGGAGUUUAUAGGUGUGGGUUUGCCCAGAGCCAAGAAGCAUAUGAUGUGGCGGCAAAUGAUUUGUUCGCGACUUUAGAUAUGGUGGAAGAGCAUUUGGGGAGUAGUCGGUACUUGUGUGGUGGAAUGUUGACACUUGCAGAUGUGUGCUUGUUCACAACGUUAGUUAGAUUCGAUUUGGUGUACAAUGUGUUGUUCAAGUGCACCAAAAAGAAGCUGAUUGAGUAUCCUAACCUUCAUGGGUACAUGCGAGAUAUUUACCAGAUUCCGAAAGUUGCAGCAACUUGCAAUUUAGGAGCAAUUAUGGAUGGAUACUACAAAAUCCUUUUCCCACUUAACCCGGGCAGCAUUAGACCUGCAGUUCCUUUUGCCUGUGAACACGAGAUGCUUAUGAAGCCCCACAACAGGGAGUUCCUUUCAUCGUCAUCAGUUGAAAAUGGUAAACAGAUGCUGGUUUUGUAAUAAGCCCACAUGUCUGGUAAACCAGAGUCACUUACUAGGCAUGGGUUGCAUAUUCUGCAAUCCAUUUGAGUUUGUAUUAUAUGUACAGUAAUUAGAGUAUUAGAUCAAAUGAAUAAACCAGAACAUAAGCAUUUAGGGCUCUUUUUCACUGCAUGACCUAUAAUGUUAAUCACUUUCUAAAUGUGGCUGGAAUGAGUAAUGAACAAGUUUAAAAAUGAAAAAAUGAAAUUUGAAACGGAAAUUAAAGCAUA